UUCUGACGGGGAAAAGUGGGGCUGCCCGAAGUUGACGCUAAUUAUAGGCUGAACUGCAUUCACGUCGCCGCUGCACUUCUUUAUCCAGCUGUGUUCUCGCGUGUUUUUUUUUUUUCUGAAACCAGCCACUUUUUAUUCCGCCGAAGUUUCCGCCGAGACCACAGUCAGGCUACGUCUGUACAAAAUCUCCCAUUUUCAUUAUAAAGACCUGUUUUCCAGAUGAUGUUGACAGGAGACGAACCAAUAAUAACCCGGCCUGCUUUUAUUGAGGUACUUUUGGACCGCUGAAGUUUCGGGUCACCCAAAGCAGACUUCACUUCCUCAUCAGGACUUGAUUGUAUGUUUUUUGCGCUUCGACAUUGUUGCUGGAAUGAGGAUUUGCCGUGAUGUCGUUCAGAUGAAAACGGACGUGGGAAAGUAAACAAAUCACCCUUGUUUUGGCCUUAAAUCUAUCGGGAUUGACUGCGAACAGACAGUGGUUUCAGUGAACAGUGCUGCUGCGAAGUCCAGCUGUUUGUCUUCAGGCAGAGGUGGAUUUUCUCUUAAAAGGCUCCUCAAGAACACCUGCAGGCUGUCACACCUAGACGGGUACUGUAUGCGUUUGUGGGGGCGUGUACCAGCUCUGAUGGUAGCAUCUAGAGAAAAUCUCCUGUGACAGGAUUCAACCGCCUCACCAUGACAGAGGUCCAGACUCCGUGGCCGCAGGGCACAGAGUGUGUGGCCAGGUACAACUUUAAAGGUACAUCAGAGCAGGACCUGCCCUUCAACAAAGGAGAUGUGUUGACUAUUAUUAUUGUCACAAAGGAUCCAAACUGGUACAAAGCAAAAAAUGCUGCAGGUCGGGAGGGAACAAUUCCAGCCAACUAUGUUCAGAAAAGGGAAGGUGUGAGAUCUGGAGGCAAGCUGAGCCUUAUGCCAUGGUUUCAUGGGAAGAUAACGCGGGAACAGGCAGAGCAGUUGCUGAACCCUCCUGAAACAGGCCUGUUUUUGGUGCGAGAGAGCACCAACUUCCCCGGUGACUACACCCUGUGUGUGAGCUGUGAUGGCAAGGUGGAGCACUACCGCAUCAUCUACAACAACAGCAAGCUAACUAUCGAUGACGAGGCCUUCUUUGAAAACCUCAUGCAGCUGGUCGAGCACUACACCAAAGAUGCAGAUGGCCUGUGCACCAAACUAAUAAAGCCAAAGGUGGAGGAGGGGACGGUGGCCGCUCAGGAUGAGUUUUCCAGGGGUGGCUGGUCCAUGAACAGAAAAGAACUCAAACUGCAGCAGGUUAUCGGCAAAGGAGAGUUUGGAGAUGUAAUGGUGGGAGACUACAGAGGGACCAAAGUAGCUGUGAAGUGCAUAAAACACGAUGCCACAGCGCAGGCCUUUAUCGCAGAAGCUUCUGUCAUGACGCAACUCAGGCACAAUAACCUGGUGCAGCUGCUGGGAGUGAUUGUAGAGGAGAAAGGAAGCCUGUUUAUAGUAACUGAGUACAUGGCCAAGGGCUGUUUGGUAGACUACCUACGAUCCAGAGGCCGGACUGUACUUGGUGGAGAUGCUCUUCUUAAUUUUACACUAGACGUCUGUGAAGCCAUGGAGUACCUUGAAGCCAAUAACUUUGUCCACAGAGACUUAGCUGCCCGCAAUGUUCUGGUGUCAGACGACAACAUCGCCAAAGUCAGUGACUUCGGUCUGACCAAAGAGGCCUCUUCCACUCAGGAUACAGCAAAGCUUCCUGUGAAGUGGACUUCCCCAGAGGCCCUCAGAGAAAAGAAAUUUUCCACCAAAUCAGACGUUUGGAGCUACGGUAUAUUGCUUUGGGAGAUUUACUCUUUUGGUCGAGUGCCUUACCCGAGAAUUCCUUUAAAAGACGUUGUGCCACGAGUGGAGAAGGGAUACAAAAUGGACUGUCCAGACGGCUGUCCUGAAGUGGUGUAUAACAUCAUGAAACAGUGCUGGAACCUGGAUCCUGCUGGUCGGCCAAGCUUUCAGAUGUUGAAGGAGUGGCUUCAACAUAUCAACCAAGGGAUGGGAAAAAAACAUUGAGAGAUUUGUGAGAAACAGACACCAAACUGACUUUCUUCCUCCUUCAUUUAGGCUACCCGGACAAUAACCUGGGGUUAACUCAAAAGACGUUAGGCUAAAUUAUUUGGCAAAAAUCUAAAACUUAACUUUUGAAUAUUGCUCAUGAACUGUCGACAGUUAUGUUUCUGAGCUUCGUCCCUCAACACAAGUUGUUCAAAGUUCAGUGAACCAACUUGCCCCGUUUUCCUGUGUACGGUUAUCAAGAGUGAAUAAUUAACUGUCACAUUGAGAAUCUUUUCUGAAAACAUUGUGCUGCCUUAGUGUCACAGUGCCUUAACCUUUUAUACCCUGUAAGUGAUAUCCUUUGUCAUUUUGAUGCCAUCUUUUGUUUUAUGAAAAUGUAGACACUUUUUGCAUUCGACUGACUUUACUUGAUCCAUUACAUCUGUUUGAAAAAGGAGAGACCCUUCACUAGCAGGAAUACAACUUUGAUAUGGAAUAUACCCGCUGUAUUAUUUUUGAGUGUUUCCAGGUACACCAUUGUACAUGAAUGUUGAAUUUUUUUUUUUUAAAUGACUAAGUUAAAAUAUCUUUAAUUAUGCAGCUCUAUUUUUUUUUUGAUUGUUUUAUCAUUUGAAAUGUUUUAUGCCUACUUUUUAUUCCUCUUGUUGCCAAACUCGAAGCACAAGUUUAGACAAGUUUACUACUGAUGAUGCAAACACGCCACCCCAGUACGUAGUCAAUGCAUAUGCACGAUGUAUGCCAUCCAACAUCAAUAAAUGUUUCAUUGUAGGAAUGUUUGGAUUCGACCAAAAUGUCAGGAUUUUGUACGUAUUGAAAUAAAGAGAAUGUUAUUAAAUUGA